GGUUUUUGACGUUUCCUUUCAAAUUAAAUUGUCAGUCAGUAGGUUUAUAAAAGGAUUCGCGAAAAACACGAUUUUUUUCCUUUUGCCGUAUUGACUUUUUGUAAGAAUUUUACGCGUUCAUUAUAAAUAUGGUAGAUUGCCCAGAUCCCGCGGGAAGAGCGGUGCCAAGAUUGAAAACGUCAGACUUUUAUCACACAUGUGAGCUACCGAAGAGGUUUCAAUAUCCUAGUUGGUUUUAUGGUUAUGGGAUUCAGAGGAGACCUCCGGACCAUCCUUUUUAUAGGACAACGUCUAGUGAUUAUGGAAGAUACCCGCCAACCAUUCAUACAGUACCAACGUCAUUUUUUCCUAAUAGACAGGAUUUCUCCACUGCAUUGUCCAAAAGCGGAAUGUACAGGAACUAUUCCCUAAAUACCGGUUUAGACACGUUUCCCAAAUAAAUUAUAAUAUAUUUUACAUUACUUAGAAAUAUACAUUUAUACAAAUCCACAAAAUAUA